CCUAUUUUCCACUACGCUGCUCCAAAACCCUAAACCCCCCAAUCGUUGUCUUGGCAAGCCUCUGUGGCUGUAUUCUCUGAUAACUAAACAAUGAGACCCCCCAGAGGCGGUGGGCGCGGUGGCGGUUUCAGGGGCGGCCGCGACGGCGGCGGUCGCGGUAGAGGUGGAUUUGGUCGUGGCGGUGGAGGACGCGGCGGUGGCGGUUUUCGCGACGAAGGACCACCCUCCGAAGUUGAAGAAGUUGCAACGUUUAUGCAUGCAUGCGAGGGAGAUGCAGUGACAAAGCUUACGAACGAGAAAGUUCCCUUUUUCAAUGCUCCUAUAUAUCUGAAAAACAUGACUCAGAUCGGGAAAGUUGAUGAAAUAUUUGGCCCCAUCAACGAAGCUUACUUCUCAAUUAAAAUGAUGGAAGGGAUUGUUGCUACCUCAUAUUCAGCUGGGGACAAGUUUUACAUCGAUCCAAGGAAACUGUUGCCUCUUGCAAGAUUUCUUCCACAACCUAAGGGACAAGCACAAGCUGGUAGAGGUGGAGGCCGAGGAGGUCGUGGUGGUGGCAGAGGUGGGCGUGGAGGUGGUGGAGGUUUUCGUGGAGGUGGUGGUUUUCGUGGGAGAGGUGGCCCAAGGGGUGGGAGAGGUGGUCCUCCUAGGGGUGGGGGUUUCAGGGGAAGGGGAAGAUCAUGAGGGGGGAGUCUUAUGUAAUGUUUUUCAUAUUGCUGCAGUUUUGUUUUGGAGAUAACAUAGAUGUUUAUUUAACUUGUUAUUUCUUAUGGAUUGAGUGGUUCUGCUGCAUUCAUUUUGUUUGAUAAUGUUAUUAUCAUUUUGGCAAAGGUGGAUUGAGAUUCCAUCACUAUAUUAUAAAGUCAAUUAAAACUGAA